UCUGUCUCCGUCCGCUCUCCGUCAGCGCCGCCAUGGAGGCCCCGGCCGUCCGGAGGCAGCAGCAGCAGCAGCAGCAGCCUGCGGCCAAAAGCAGGAACCUGCCCUGGGUUGAAAAAUAUCGACCACAGACACUGAAUGACCUAAUCUCCCAUCAGGAUAUCCUAAGCACCAUCCAAAAAUUUAUCAGUGAAGAUCGACUACCACAUCUGCUUCUCUAUGGCCCUCCCGGGACAGGGAAGACGUCCACCAUCCUGGCCUGUGCCAAACAACUCUACAGAGACAAAGAGUUCAACUCCAUGGUCCUGGAGCUCAAUGCUUCUGAUGACCGAGGAAUAGAUAUUGUACGGGGACCAAUCCUGAGCUUUGCCAGCACAAGGACAAUAUUUAAGAAAGGUUUUAAACUUGUGAUAUUGGAUGAGGCAGAUGCCAUGACCCAGGAUGCGCAGAAUGCCUUGAGAAGAGUGAUUGAGAAAUUCACAGAGAAUACCAGGUUUUGCCUCAUCUGUAAUUAUCUGUCAAAGAUCAUCCCCGCCCUGCAGUCUCGAUGUACAAGGUUCCGAUUUGGCCCCUUGACCCCUGAGCUGAUGGUUCCCCGCCUGGAGCACGUCAUAGAAGAAGAGAAUGUUGACAUAAGCGAAGACGGAAUGAAAGCCCUUGUUACCCUUUCCAGUGGUGAUAUGCGAAGGGCCCUGAACAUUUUGCAGAGCACCAACAUGGCCUUUGGGAAAGUGACCGAGGAGACGGUAUACACCUGCACGGGGCACCCACUCAAGUCUGACAUCGCCAACAUUCUUGACUGGAUGCUGAACCAGGACUUUACCACGGCGUACCGGAAUAUCAUGGAACUGAAAACCCUGAAGGGCUUGGCACUGCACGAUAUUCUGACAGAGAUACACUUAUUUGUACAUCGAGUUGACUUUCCACCUGCAGUUCGAAUACAUUUGCUGAUCAAAAUGGCAGACAUUGAACACAGACUUGCUGUGGGCACAAGUGAGAAGAUUCAGCUAAGUUCCCUCAUCGCUGCUUUUCAAGUCACCAGAGAUUUAAUUGUAGCAGAAGCCUGAGCAAAACAAUUUCCAAGCCCCCAGCAAUGAUUAGAAAACAAGACUCCUGAUUCUCUUGGAGGAAAGCAGUGGCCCCCAAGCUGGAAAUGGACAAGAAGUCCUGGAAAUGUUGACUUUCCCCAUUUGGGUAAUAAGGAAGUCAAAGGACACUUGUGUGUUCUAUUUGCUGCACUGUUUGGGGUGAGAAUAUUUAAGUCUGUUUCAUGGUCUGACUGUAGUGUACCCAACUUAGUGAAGGUCUUUUUGUCCUCCAGGACUGUGAUCGAGGGAGAGGAGUCCCCAAGUGUGCCCCAUCUGGAGCAGUCCCAGAGAAUAAUGUUUGUAUCUCAAGUGUAAUCUGUGAUAAUAUCUUUACUUAUUGUUACUGGGUUUAUGGCUGAAAAUAAACUUUGUGCUUUUCUAA